AUGGUAGAUACCUUAGAAGUGGCUGACACCGAUUCAUACAGCUAUGAAGCCCCUGUUAAUGGUGGCCUGCCCCAGAACUUCAGCUUGCAAACUCUUCUGGAAAAAGACAUUCACUAUUACACCCCAGCUAAGGACUUCAGUGGAUUAGCUGUCAUAGACUGGGAGUACCAGAAGCCUCAGUGGGCCUGCAACUGGGAUGCAAAAGAUGUCUACAGAAGAAAGUCCAGGAAACUCAUAACCAAAAUUGCAAAAGCUUUUACAAAGGAAACAAUUGCAUUAGGAAUGAAAAGCAGACCAAAGGGCCUUUGGAGAUACUUUGGUGACUGUCACAAUUACAAUUUCCAUGAUCAGAACUACACUGGUUCCUGCCCAAAGAGUGAACAAGAUCUUAUUAACACUAUCAGACAGAGUGUCCUGGGAGCUGCAGGCAUUAUUAUUUGGCAAGAUAUGAAUUUAACUUCUUCAGAGACACUGUCUGACUGCACCAGUUCCGAGUACUCGGUAACAGCAGAGCUGACUGCUUAA